CAGCCUUAAUGAAGUCACUUCCGGGAUGGUGUCCCCUUGUCCCUCUGGUGUUUCCGUAGCACUUCCGCAUUUAGCUUCCCCACCCCGGACUUCACUUCGUGUGUUUAAUAUAUACUUUUAUUGUUAUUUAAAAAGAAACAUGUUUAAUGUCAGGAGUCUGUGUAAAGCCCGUCUUUGUUUCAUCCCGAAAUUGUUGAGUCGAACUCACGAAUCACCUUCGUUGGCGUCUUUUUGCAGCGGACUGACCGGAAGUCCUCUUCAUGCGGCCAGAAGGACGCCGCUUAUACUUCAGCACACCCGCUCCCACACACCAUGGACCGCUAGUCUCUGCACCGCGCCUCGGUCUGACCCCGGGGACCUGAUCUACUCCGGCACUCUGGGGGCUGCAGUCCGUGGUGUGAAGAUGUUCUCCUACAGCACCAGUGGGGCGAGUCUCUUCCUCAUGCCGCAGAUCCUCUUAAAGACCGGCCUGGGAGUCCAGAGUCUGGCUGUGCAGGCGGCCUUCUGCGGCAUCAUCGGCUUCUUCACCUUCCUCACCCCGGUGUUCCUCCACCUCAUCACCAAGGGCUACGUGGUCCGCCUCUACCACAACCCUGACACGGACACUUACACCGCCGUCACCUACAGCGUCGUCCUCACCGAGCGCCGGACGGUCUUCCGUCAGGACCAGGUCCGGGUGCCGGCCAUCAGCAAGAUGUUCACCACCUUCUGCGCCGACAACACAGGGCUGCUGGUCAACCCGGACCUCUUUGCCGCCCCCCAGGACUACAACCACCUGAUGGGCUACGAUAAACCCUUCACCUUCACCCCGGACGACCAGUGACUCGGGAGUCCUCCUGUUCAAUAAAGACAUGUCCAGAGAAAGUUCAGGUCUGUUAAGUAUUGAUUUGACAUCUCUAAAUAGCAUCGCUUUAGAGAAAAGCAAGUCUACGCUGCUAACAAAAGAAGGAAGAGGGAGAGAGAGAGAACGGUUUAGAGAGGAGCAAGUUUAUGCUGCUAACAAAAGGAGGAAGAAGGAGAGAGAGAGAGAGAAAGAACGGUUCAGAGAGAAGCAAGUCUACGCUGCUAACAAAAGAAGGAAGAGUGAGAGAGAGAGAGAGACAAAGAACGGUUUAGAGAGAAGCAAGUCUACGCUGCUAACAAAAGAAGGAAGAGUGAGAGAGAGACAAAGAACGGUUUAGAGAGAAGCAAGUCUACGCUGCUAACAAAAGAAGGAAGGGUGAGAGAGAGAGAGACAAAGAACAGUUUAGAGAGAAGCAAGUCUAUGCUGCUAACAAAAGAAGGAAGGUGAGAG